AGAUGUAUCUUAUUGAAACGACCAAGAGAUGGCGCUAUCUAGGUGUUGUGAUUGAGGGAUGAAAUGAUAAUAAAAUUAUUAAGUAACAUCAUUACUAUGACAGAAGAUGUGACCGACUAAAGGAGUAUUUCAUAAGAUAAGGGGGACUUUCAACGACCGCAGCAGUAGUAACAACAGGAAGCAACAACAAUCAGCACCUUACCACCACCACCACUACCACCAGCAACAACAACAACUACAAUUAUAAGUACUUUAAACCGGUUCUGUUAAUAUUCGAGUGUCAUAAAUGGCUCUCGUCUUAGGAUUACGAUAUGUCACAAAGGUGUGUUAUUUCAAUCCGGUGAUUAGACUCAGAGUACGCUCAGUUUGGAAUAUGCAAGCCACAAAGUCUGGUCGAAUCCUGCUCUUCCUGGAAGAUAUAUUCCAUUUGAAGGAAGUUGGACCGUUAGCCAAUUCUGAGAGAAAAUGUAAAGCCUUUUGCACGUUUUAUGAGAAGUUGAUGCCCCAGGAGAAGAGUGUAUUUCUUCAGAUUUUAUCUCGAGAUUAUGGCAUAAAUCAGGAACUGGUGAUGAAAACAUCAAGGAACUUCAUAAGUUCCAAGACAUCUGAACUCAGUUUAUUGAAAGCUGGGGAAAUGCUGCGCAAUGCCCUCACUCCGCAGUACAAGCAACUGUUUGUCAAUAUUGGUCGUAUUGAAGGUGGCGUGAAAUUCUUGGUUGAUUUACGAGGAGAUGUUUUGCAUGAAAUGACAGUGACUGGUUUAAACCAAGACAGUCCCCAUCUACGGAUCUUAAACUAUUCACUCCGAGAAUUACUGAGUCUCUGGUUUUCUGUGGGUUUAUUAAAUUUACAAAGAAUUACCUGGCAGUCACCAUGUGAUAUGGUACAGAAGAUCUCCGAGUAUGAAGCUGUCCAUCCAAUUCGAAACUGGACCGACCUGAAACGCCGUGUUGGCUCCUACCGACGUUGUUUCGUAUUCAUUCACAAUGCUAUGCCAAGGGAGCCAGUUGUUGUGCUCCACACGGCCCUCACAGAUACAAUCCCAUCAAGCAUUCAUUCUAUAAUUAAAUCAAACAUCCGUCGGAGCACAUCAGUUGAAACAGUUCCCCUGGAAGACGAUCCCGAGACAGAAUUAACUGAUGAUAUUUCAACUGCUGUAUUUUAUUCCAUCACAUCCACCCAAAAAGGUCUGCAAAGUGUUGACCUUGGAAAUUACUUGAUCAAACGAGUAGUGCGAGAGCUGCAAGCAGAAUUCCCACACAUGUCAGUUUUCACAAGUUUAUCUCCAGUUCCUGGUUUUAGAGAUUGGCUCCUCAAAGAGAUUACAAAGAAGAUUCAGCUCAUGCAUCUCGGAGAACAAAUGGACAUGUCCCUCUUUGCUCAAGAAGAUAUAUAUAAUCUGCGUGGUUAUUUUGAUCUUAAUACUAUGGCAGGACUUGAAAAACUGAAGAAGACACUUCAAACAAAUUCCUGGUACCAGGAAGAACAGUUGAACGUUUUAUUAAAGAACCCACUAAUGAGACUAUGUGCACAGUACCUGUAUGUUGAAAAACGGAGAGGAUAUGCUUUAAAUCCUGUUGCAAAUUUCCAUUUAGGCAAUGGUGCCGUCUUAUGGCGUCUCAACUGGUUGGCUGAUGUUUCUCCAAGGGGUCUAGGACAAUCUUGUAGCAUGAUGGUCAACUACAGAUAUUUCUUAGACGAGUCUGAAAAGAACAGUCUCAACUAUUUGGAGUGUCAACAGAUCCCAGCUUCCAGUCAAGUAACAGAUUUGGUGGCUGAUGUGAAGAAAGAUUUUUCCACAGACAAUGCUCCAGUUUAAGACACACACACACACCUACAUGCAUAUACUCAAUCACACACAGACACGUGUGUGUGUGUGUAUUUGAUGGAGAAUGCAACUUACAGGUUCCUGAAGAACUCAACUACAUAACCAUAACCUUUCUAGGAUUACUGAUUAUAUAUAUAUAUAUAUAUAUAUAUAUAUACAUACACAUGCAUACAUAAAUAUAUACAUACAUGUACAUAUGUGUGUGUGUGUGUGUGUAUGCAUACAUAAGUAAACAACAGGUUGUGCAGUGCGAUAUAUAUAUAUAUAUAUAUAGAGAGAGAGAGAGAGGGGGGGGAGUUGGUAUAUCUGAUGUAACAACCUUCUACUGUGGAUAAUGAAUUAACAAAGGUGUAUGGAAUAUGACUGAGAUAUAUGGAUGGACUAAUGAUUGAUGCAGAUGUGACAAUAAAAUACGUGGAAGGUGGGGUGGGGGAAUAGAUUAAUAAGAAUAACAUAAAAAAACUGAUGACUAAAGACUAAAAAUAUAAACUGUUCCUUCAGUGGAUAAGUCUAGUUUAAUACCGUUGCAUUCAACAUCCUGAUUUCAAACCUGUAGCACACACACACACACACUCACUUCUAAAGGUUUUCUUUAAGAAUCAAAUAAAAUGAAACAUGAUUUGAAAUUACAUGGACUCGGACAUUGAAAUACUUUUGUAUAAUGAGGUUAACAUGUAACAAAUACUGUGCAAUGAAAAUGCAUGCAUUAUAAUAUCUUGAUUUAAUAAUUGUAUUUUCGUUAAGUAAAUUUCAUUGUAAAAUAAGUGUUGAAUUGUUAUAAACACAUUAUAUAUACACACACAUCAACAAAGGACAAAUCUUGUAUUAUAUACACACACAUGGGCAGAGGCACAACUGUGGAUUAAGGCGAUCCGUUCAUAGUUUUCAUUUUGGUUUCACUACACAGCACCUUGGGGCAAGUGUCUUCUUUUAUAGCCUUAGGCUGUCCAAAGUGGCUUUGGGAAACAGAAAAUGAAAAAAAGCGUGUUGUAUACAUAUCGUUGCUAUUAUGUUAAACUGCUGUAUGUCCAAAUUUGGCCAAAUGCAUUUUUUUUUUUGCAAUAUUUAUUUUUGCUUGCAAUAGCCAGUUCUUUUGGUCAAACUAUCGUAUCUCCAUGCAAGCUUGGACAAAUGGACAUUAAAAUGAUAAAUAGGGGUAGGGCUGAGGAUGACAGGAGACUGAGACUUCUGGCAGUUUGCUGUGCUUAAGAAGACAUGUCACACUAAGUAAAUAUGUGGUGGUCCUUGCAUACAGGCUUGUCCCUGCAUCCCUCUCGAGCUGAGCAUUUCUAAUCUUGCAGGCUUGUGGGUGCUGGUGCCUUGUAAAAAGCAAUCCAUGCUGGUGCUGCGUAUAAGCACCCACGACACUAUGUAAAGUGGUUGGCAUUAAGGAGGGCAUCCUGAUGUAGAAAACAAAGCCAAAACAGACAUGGAGGCAGAACAGCCCUUCAGCUCUUGUCAAACCGUCCAACUCAUGCCAGCAUGGAAAGUAGAUGUUAAAUGAUGACUACGGUGAUGAAACUUACACCAUGGGCUUCCAUGUGGUUUCUGCCUUUUAAAUCCAUUCCAAAGGCAUCGGCUGGUGAGGGGGCCAUAGGAGAGUUCCCUCCCCAAGCCACCAUGCAGUAACCACGUAACCAUAUAUGCACCAAACAACAUAACAUAUAAAGAAUACGAGUUAAGGGAGAUAACUGUGAGAAUCAUGAAUAUGAACAACAAAUAUCGUACAAGACAUUCGUCCAAGGAACCCUGUAAUGGGACUGAACCCGAGAUCACGUGGUUAGGAAGCAAACUAUAUAUAUAUAAUAAUAAUAAUAUAGAUUUAAUGAAAAGAUUAAAUGUGGUACUUAAAAUGUUUGAGGCACCAGAAUUUGGUAGGGUAAAAACCAAAAAUGUACCCAUUACACUCUUACACUCUCAGAGUGGUUGGCGUUUGGAAGGGCAUCCAGCCAUAGAAGUCUUGCCAGAUCAGAUUUGAGCCAAGUGCAGCCUACCGGUUUGCCAGUCCUCAGUCAAACCGUCCAACCCAUGCCAGCAUGGAAAAUGGACGUUAAACAAUGAUGAUAUAUACACACACACACAACAGUAUUCUUUCAGAUUUUUCUGUUUACCAAAUCCAUUCACACAGGCUUUUUAAUUGGCCAGGAGCCAUAGUAGAGGCCACUUGUCCAAAGUGCCCUGCAUUUAGGCUAAAACUGAAACCAUGUGGCUGGGAAGCUGACAUUUUAACCCACAGACCUUCUGAUGAAGGUCUUGGAAUUACAUUUAUUAGAACAGCUAAUGAAACAAAGAAUUUAUUAAAGAGUAAAAAAUAUUUUA